GUGCCUGCUUGCUCUGCCUUGGCCCGACGCCGUAUCUGAUCGCGAGGUGAUGGACGAUGAGGGAAAUUUGUUUCCAAGAUGGGGGCCUCGCAGCUCGCCAGGCAAUGCCGGCCUUAGCACGGCUUACCCUAACGUGACUGGGCAAGAUCCACUCUUGAGCGUGGGCCCCAAGCAAUAGCGGCGCGAAGGUCAUGCCUCCGUCGCUACCACGGAAAUUAUGAGAAUUUCGUUGGUCAAUUCAUGGCCAUUGUGAGCGCCGAGGCGUUGAAAUUGGGUCGAUCAUUGGAAGGGCCGAAGCGCAAGAACGGGCCGGCUGGUCUGGGCUGAGCAUUGCUCUUCCUCUCCCCUCUGGUUCCGAUAGCCCGACGUCGAUUUUGGCUGAUCCUCAACGAGAUCGAUUGCAAACACGCAUCUUGGCUCUCACAUCAUCGCUGCAGGAUUCUGGUGACCCUCAUGGCCCAAACACCUGCAAGCCAACGUUCAGAGGCACUCCUGCUCGCUUCAGCAGAGGAUGGCAAUGGGGCUGCGCUGGGCCAUGGUCCCAGAAUGAGGCGCCCUUCAGCGAGGUCUGUACCUCCGAUGCGCUUGCCCGAGCACCGCGACAUGGUGUCGCUUUGGCUGGCUCGCGACGUUUUGAUGCCAGCCAUCCUGCCCCCGAAGGUACGACUGUUCUUCAUCGGAGCUCUGGCUUCCAUUAGCGGAUUGAUCUAUGGCCUCGACACGGGGUCGAUUGGACCUCUGACAGAGAUGCCGCAAUUUGAAGCUGUUGGUGGUGCAAUCACGACAUCGUCUAGUCUGCAAGGCUUUUUUGUUGCUUCCAUUCUGCUCUCAGCGUCCAUCAGCUCGCUAUGCAGCGGAUACAUUGCAGACAAGAUCUCACGACGCUUCGGUAUAGGCACAGGCGCCCUGGUCAUCAUUGUAGGUACGACACUCUCUGCCGCCAGCCAGAACAUGGCUUCUCUCUUCGCCGCUCGCCUGAUUACCGGCAUUGGCGCCGGCCAAACGGUAAGCGUAGCCUCUAUUUGGCUGCUGGAGGUAGCGACGCCAGAUGUACGUGGCAAGCUUGCAGUCAUGAUUCAGUUUAUGAUCACGAUUGGAAUCAUGUCGGGCUAUUUCAUCUGCUACGGGUCUCAGCGUAUCCCGUCGAGCCUGUCAUGGAGGCUGCCCUUCAUCAUUCAGACGAUUUGCGCCGCUCUGCUGGCCUUCAGCGUGCUGGCCUUCAUACCGUUCUCUCCGCGCUGGCUCGUAGCUCACGGGCAUGAGGAGAGAGCCGUCGACGUGCUUAGACAGCUGCGAGGUAGACGCGAUGCGAUGCACACUGAGGAAGAUGAGAUCGUCAUUCAAAAGGAGCUGGCCGACAUCAAGGCGUCUAUCGCAGCUACGACGCUCAGCAGCGGGCGUUCCGCCUCGUACGCCGAGCUCUUCCACAAGCGUUACCGCUUCCGUACUUGGCUUGGCAUCUUCUUUAUGGCCUGCCAGCAGCUCAGCGGCAUCGAUGUGAUCCUCUACUUCUCACCCAUCAUCUUCUCUUCGACCUUCAGCGGCACCACGGCCACCUUCCUCGCCUCUGGCGUGUCCGGCAUCGUCCUCGUCGUUUCGACGAUCCCGGCACAGAUCUGGAUGGACAAGUGGGGGCGUAAGCCGACGAUGGUGUGGGGAGGGGUCGCCAUGGCUACACUCUUUCUCAUCAUCGGCUCACUGUUUGCGGCUUUCGGGGAUCGACUGCCGGCGGACGAGAAUGGCGAGCCACGCGUGGUGCUCAGAGGAGGAGCAGCCAAGUGGGUUGUGGUCGUCUGUAUCUACCUCUUCAUCGCGGCCUUCUCUCUCAGUUGGGCCCCCGUGACACGCAUCUACGCCGGGGAGAUCAUGCCGACUCGUCUCCGCUCUCGGGCCGCAGCAGCCCAGCAGCUUGCCAAUUGGUCGAGCAACUUCUUCGUAGCGCUCAUCGCUCCAGUCUUUCUUCGAGCUUCGCCCUCUGGCCCAUACUUCCUCUUUUCGGGAUGUAUCGUCCUUUCGACAAUCGUGUGCGUCUUCAAGGUCAAAGAGACCAAGGGCAAGUCGCUCGAGGCCAUUGCUGAGCUCUUCGAGGCGCGCGAGGAUUGAUAGUUCACGCGCCGAUGCCCUUUCUGGUUCAGAGUGGAGUCACUUCGCUGCUGUAGCGACCGUUCUUCCCCCCUUAUCGCAAUGUCGACUCUGGUCCACCUCUCGAAGUCUGCAUUUACACUGAUGCCAAAUGCUUAGCCGCACUGA